AUGAGACUCAACGAAUCCACUUCAGCUUCCAGGUGUAGCAAAAGCACCUGUAGGUGCAUGUCCUACCAGCUGGUGCUUGCUCUCCUGCUGCUGCUGCCACGUUUCUGUGACGGCGUCAACAUGCAACAGUUUAUCCAAUCGCUUGACAUGAUGCGCAACGGUUGCAUGCCCAAAUUUAAGGUUCAAGUGGAUCAAUUGGAUCGCAUACGAGAUGGCGAUUUUAGCGUAGAGCCCGAUCAAGAUUUGCUGUGCUAUACGAAAUGCAUUGCCCAGCUGGCGGGCACCCUGACCAAGAAGGGUGAGUUCAGUGUGUCCAAGGCUCAGGCUCAAAUGCCCAUCAUUUUGCCUCCUGAGCUGCAGGAACCCGCAAAGGUAGCGCUAAAUCAUUGCAAGGAUGCACAGAAAGAACACAAGGAUACAUGCGCGAAGGUCUACUACAUAAGCAAGUGCAUGGCAGACUUUGAUCGUGCCAACUUCAAAUUUCCAUAGCAACAAAAAAAAUGUCUAACGAAAAGGAGUACAAACAUUAUUAGAUACUUGGGUUCUACUUACUCUGUCGUUUCUCCUUGCCCUGUGAAAAGAGAAAAUAGGUGUGUUUUCGUAAAUAUGUUCUUCCUGUUGCAUUGUUUAUAUCAAAUACACGGAUAAUAAAUGAUUAGCCAACCUGUUGCGAUUUUUGUGCCU